GUAUGGAGACCAAAAACUAUCCAAGUCAUCAACCAUUUAUUGAGCAUCUAUGUGCCAUACACUGAGCUAGAUAUGAGGAAAAGUAUAAUAAGGACAAAUAAGAGUCCUAUCCUUAGUAUUUUAGUGUUAUUAUUACAUUAAUAUUUAAGUUAAACCAAUAUGUUGAUAUUUAUAUUAAAUAGUUACACAUUAAUAUAUUAAUAUUUUGUAUCUUUAGUAUUGAGUGUUUACUGUGUGUCAUAAACUGUUGUAGUCCCUUUCUUAUCCAUUUAGGAAGAUUAAUACCACUCUAUGAAGUGUGAUUUAUAGAUGAGAAAACUGGGGCACAGAGAGGUUAAGUUACUUGCCCAAGGUAACACUAACUAAACCGGCAUGUGAUCUCAGGCAUUCUGGAUCUAGAGACUGUGCCCGUAAUUUUUAUGCUAUCUGCCAUUAAGGAGUACUCAUCAUGAUGGAGGAAGACAGAUGAUAUCUACAGUAUGAGAUACAUUCUACUAGUAGUAUGAACAGAGUUCACUGGAAGCAACCCAGGAUGUUGCCAGGAGAUCUAGUGAGGUUGGAGAAGACUUCACAGGUAACAUCUGACCUAGUCUUGAAGGAUAAGAAGUUUCCCAGUUGGAAAAGAAUGAGAACGCAGAUCAACAGAGGAAAUAACUUAAACAGACUACAGAAUAGGCUUUAAAGUGACUGGCCAAUUCCAAAGUGCCAAGUAGUGUGGUAAAGCUAGAACUGCGGCUUAUGUGGACAAUUAGUGAUACAGCUGCUAACGUAGGUUGGAUUGGGUCCAGGUUGUGAGAGUCUAACCAUUGUGGUUAGCCUAAAAAAAAAUGUUAGAGUAUCCAUUUUGUGUGUGUGUGUUUGUUUUAUUGAAAAAUUUCAAGCAGCAUAGAAGUACAGUGAACUAUACAAAGAAUCCCCAUCACCAAAUGUAGUAAUUACCAAGAUUUGCCACAUAUGCUUUUUGUUUCCCUUUUUUUCCUUGCUGAAGUUGUAUUAGAGCAAAUCCCAGUCAUUAUAUCGUUUUACUCCUCCAAACGUCAGUAUGUCUCUAAAAAAUGUGGAAGCUUACCACGUCAUUACACUUAUUAAACUCUUCCUUAUUGUCCAAUCCAUAAUCAAAUUUCCUUGAUUGUCUCAAAAGCAGGUUUUUACUGUUGAAUCAGGAUCCAAACAAAUCCAUAUAUUACAUGUUGUUAUUUUGUCUUAAAUUUUUUGUAAUCAAAAGCAGUCUCUCCAACCCCCCUUCUUUUCUCAUGACAUAGACUUGUGCCAGGAACCAGGUUGAGUAUGUUUCAUACUGCCUUGCCAUCAGGUUGGUUGGUCCAUUUUCAGUGAUGAAUGGGUCCAGGUGUUUUAAAGUUUCCCAACAAACUUUCAUUUAGUGGUUUCAUCCACUUUUAUUGUUGCCUGAAUUAUUUCAUUAGAGGAUGCAACAUGAUAAAUUUUUUUUUCCUAAUUACAUCAUUCCAUACGUACUAGCUGAUAAUCUUCUAUAAAGAACUCCCUCUCAUCAGUUACUAUUCUGAAUUACAAUUCAUACUGGAAGGCAAGAUAAAUGUUUAAUUCUUUCCUUUUAAUUGCCAGUUUUCAGGAUUGAUCACUGGUUACUUCCAGUGGCAUACAAUGAGAAGUUGUUGAAUUUUUGCCUUUCUCUGUAUAAAGAUCAUGAUGAAUUCAUGUUUUUUUACAUAUUGAGCAUACCACUCAAUCAUCAAAAUUAAGCAGAGGUUCAACAGGGUCAGCUCUGUGCUUUAGAAAGGUAGCUGGUAGAGAUUAGAGGCAGGGAACCAGAUCAAUUAAAAAAAGACUGCCUAUCAAUCAAAAUCACAAAUGCACCUAAACUUUGGUCCAGCAGUUCUGCUUCUAGGAACUUAUGCUAGCCAUAUAGUUGCACAUUUGAAGUAGCUUAGAUAGAGUUAUUUAUAGCAGCAUUGUUUAUAAUAGCAGAAGACUGGAAACCACCUGGAUAUCCAUUAAUAAUAACAAGGGCUAAUCAUACUACAUUCAUAUAAUUACAUACUAAGCAAUCAUAACAGAAUAAGGAAGGUUUUUAUAUAGAGAAAUGGAAUAGUCUCCAAGGUACACUCAAAAGAAGUAAGGUGCAGGACAGUGUGUGUAGUUGCUGUUUGAAUUAAAAAGGGGAAAGACUCCCUGGCUGGGGAACUAGAUCCUACAUGCGCAGCAUGGCCAAAAGGUUAAAAAAAAAGGGGGGGUGGAGAUAUAUAUGUAUUUGCAUGUGUAUAAAUACAGAAAGUAUCUUGGACCUGUAACAAGAAAACUGCCUGGGUGGAUGUGGUCUGGGAGGCUGGACACAGAGGUGAAAGGUACUCUUCACUUUAUACCCUAUGUAUCUUUUGAAUUUUCAGCCAUGUGAAUGUCUUAUCCCCCAAAUAAAUACAACUAUUAGUAUAAAAAAGAUUUUGCUUUAGCUGAAGUCAAAGAUAGACUAAUCUGAGGCAACAGGAAUGGAGAAGAGUCAGAUUUGUUCAUUACAGAAAUAAAUGCUUGAAAAAAAUUUUUAAUAGAAAAAUAAAUAAAUGCUUGAAGUUGUCAAGUUGAGAGCUGUCCAUUGGACAAGCAUUGUAGAUACUCCGUAUUAGAGGAACUGCAGCCUCGACUGCACCCGAUUUUGCACUCUCACAAAGGAGUCAGUCCUAAGCCACGGCGCAGCCUUAGCUUGUCUUUAGGCCACUUAGGGCAAAUGGGAUGGGAGUCCCCUUGCUCCAGAUUUUAAAUCUUAGCUAGCUUCUCCCAUGCUUUUCUUAAAUGGUUUGUGUAACCAAGGGAAUUUAAUAGAUGAGAUUAUCUGGUAAGAGAAAGAUUGGUUUACCCCACCCUUUCCUGUUUGUUUAUACAUCCUGAACUCCACUAUUCGUUGUAUGGAGACCUGUGAGAUUUACACAGCUUUAAAUGCCUCAGGAAAGGGCGGAAGUUUGUUACAUUCUUUCUCCACCAGCAUCCUACCUCCCAGGGAGGGAGUGGGGCAAGGCCUACGACCAAGGGGAGGGUCCAAGCCCGAGGAUCACUUGAGUAGAGCGUCCCCAUGCCAGGCUUUUCUACUGCUCUUCCCUUUCACUGUGUUUCUGUCUCGGGUCCAUCCUUGACUUCACUAGUGGCUGGAUCUGCUGGGGGCUGCCCUGAGGGGGAAGCCGGAGUCGUCCCCCGAGGCAAGGAUUCCUUUGUCUCCCAGUCUUCGGCUCGACGGCGGGGCUGCAGGUCAAUCCUCUCACAUCAGCCCGGCCCUGCCCGCCACAGGCCGGUAGUCUCGACAGAAAGCCAGGAUUCCGCGCUCGGGAGCGACACUCAGGCCUGGGCACCCGCACUCUCAAUGCUCGAGUAGAAGCCGCGUGGGAACCGGCGGGGGCGCGACGACUGUCACCGCGCAGGCGUCAGUCUUCCCUUCGGGACACUGCAAUUCCCAUAAGGCCGUGCAGCGGCAUCCCCUGCGCCGCUAAGGCCCGGGAGCUGCGCCCGCUGCGACAGGGCUCGGGGUCGCUCGCCGCACUGCAUUAUGGAAUACAUAGUCUAAUAGAAAACGUCCUGGGGCACAAACUCCCAACCAAGCCCACGUGUUUACCUUGUGCACUGGGGGGACGUCAAUGAAGAGUAGCUACCAGAUUUCGUCAUAAAACGGCGACCAGACAGGCGGCGCCAUCUUCGAACUUGGACUUCCGGAAGGACUUUGGUGAGGGCGCAGCCAUUUUAGGGGGUGCUGAUGGAUCCCUACGGGGUCGGCUGUGUUGCUCUGGAGGAGGCCGGCCCCGUGGGGAACAUGACUGUGGUAGACUCUCCUGGACAAGAGGUGCUAAACCAGCUUGAUGUCAAGGCCUCUUCAGAAACAACCAGUGUGGAGGCUUCCAUAGAGACGUCAUUACCUACCCCUUUGCCUGGAUUUGAGGAUUCUCUUGAUGAGAGGAGGCUCCCUCCAGAACAGGAAACCCUCUCCAGACUGGAACAGCAAGAUCUUUCUUCAGAGAUGUCAAAGGUCCCAAAGCCUAGGGCCUCAAAGCCUGGCCCGAAGAGAGGUGGUAGGACACGGAAAGGCCCCAAAAGGCCCCAGCAGCCUAAUUCUCCAUCAGCCCCUCGGGUUCCUGGUCUCUUAGAUCAAUCCAACCCUCUGUCCACCCCCAUGCCUAAGAAACGAGGUCGAAAGUCCAAGGCAGAUCUGCUACUGCUGAAGUUGUCAAAAGGCCUAGAUCAGCCAGAGUCUCCACAUCCAAAGAGGCCCCCUGAGGACUUUGAGACCCCUCCUGGGGAACGACCCCGCCGAAGGGCUGCCCAAGUGGCACUUCUGUAUCUUCAGGAACUGGCUGAAGAGCUCUCAACAGCCCUGCCUGCUCCAGUGUCCUGUCCUGAGAGCCCCAAGGUGAGCAGCCCCACCAAACCCAAGAAGAGCCAGCAGCAGGCAGCCUGUCGUUAUAGAGAAGAAGAGGAUGACACUGCACGGGACGAAGACUUCGUUCUCCAGGUUGAGGCUGAAGAUGGAGAAGAAAGUGAGGCCCCAAGUGAGAGCUCGUCUGACCCCGAGCCUACAGUGCCCCGGAGCACCGCACGAGGAUCCACUUCAGGGAAGCAGAAGCCACACUGCCGGGGAGUGGCUCCCAAUGGCUUACCAAAUCACAUCAUGGCUCCUGUUUGGAAGUGCCUUCAUCUCACCAAGGACCUCCGAGAACAGAAGCAUUCAUACUGGGAGUUUGCAGAAUGGAUUCCUUUAGCCUGGAAGUGGCAAUUGUUAUCUGAACUUGAGGCAGCUCACUACCUGCCCCAGGAGGAGAAGUCGCCACUGUUUUCUGUACAACGUGAAGGACUUCCUGAAGAUGGCACACUCUACCGAAUAAACAGAUUUAGCUCUAUCACAGCACACCCAGAGCGCUGGGAUGUGUCUUUCUUUACGGGGGGACCGCUCUGGGCUCUGGACUGGUGCCCAGUGCCAGAGGGGGCAGCAGCCUCGCAGUAUGUGGCUCUUUUCUCCAGCCCUGACAUGAAUGAGACACACCCACUGAGCCAGCUUCAUUCGGGCCCUGGGCUGCUCCAGCUCUGGGACCUUGGGACCUUGCAGCAAGAAAGCUGUCCUGACAACAGAGCCCACUUUGUCUAUGGGAUUGCUUGUGACCACGGCUGCAUCUGGGACCUCAAGUUCUGCCCCAGUGGAGCGUGGGAACUUCCAGGCACCCCUCGGAAGGCGCCUCUCUUGCCCCGGUUGGGUCUCCUGGCUCUUGCCUGCUCAGACGGGAAGGUGCUGCUGUUCAGUCUGCCCCAUCCCGAGGCCCUGCUGGCUCAGCAGCCCCUAGAUGCAGUGAAGCCUGCCAUCUAUAAGGUCCAAUGUGUGGCAACCCUUCAGGUGGGGUCUAUGCAAGCGUCAGACCCCUCUGAGUGUGGUCAGUGCCUUAGCCUCGCUUGGAUGCCCACCCGGCCCCACCACCACCUGGCUGCUGGAUAUUAUAAUGGCAUGGUGGUUUUCUGGAACCUUCCCACGAACUCGCCUCUGCAGCGGAUACGGCUCUCUGAUGGCUCCUUGAAGCUCUACCCCUUCCAGUGUUUCCUAGCCCAUGACCAGGCUGUGCGUACCCUUCAAUGGUGCAAAGCUAACAGUCAUUUCCUAGUCUCUGCAGGGAGCGACCGGAAAAUCAAAUUCUGGGACCUUCGACGACCUUAUGAACCAAUAAACUCUAUCAAGCGCUUCUUGAGCACAGAGCUGGCCUGGCUGCUCCCCUACAAUGGCGUCACUGUGGCUCAGGACAACUGCUAUGCCUCUUAUGGACUCUGUGGAAUUCAUUAUAUUGAUGCUGGUUACCUUGGUUUCAAGGCCUACUUCACUGCUCCUCGAAAAGGCACUGUCUGGAGUCUUUCAGGAUCCGACUGGCUCGGGACAAUAGCUGCAGGAGAUAUAUCUGGGGAGCUCAUUGCAGCUAUAUUGCCUGAUAUGGCGCUGAACCCAAUAAAUGUCAAACGACCUGUAGAGCGAAGAUUCCCUAUAUAUAAAGCAGAUCUGAUGCCAUAUCAGGACAGUCCUGAAGAUCAGGACCACUCUUCUGCUUCAUCCGGGGCCCCCAACCCUCCCAAGGCUCGAACUUACGCUGAAACCGUCAACCAUCACUACUUGCUCUUUCAAGACACAGAUUUGGGUUCAUUCCACGGUCUGCCCCACAGAGAACCAAUACUGCGCAUGCAGGAGGGAGAGGGGCAAACGCGGCUCUGCCUGGACCGGCUGCAGCUGGAAGCUAUUCAUAAGGUACGUUUCAGCCCAAACCUGGACUCCUACGGAUGGCUGGUCUCUGGGGGGCAGUCAGGGCUCGUUCGGAUCCAUUUUGUCCGUGCACUCACCUGCCCACUGGGCCACCGUAUGCAGCUUGAAAGCCGAGCCCACUUCAAUGCUAUGUUCCAGCUGGCCUCCCCCACUAAAGGGCCUGGCUUCCCUCCAACCAGCCAUCGCCUUCUGCCUGGUCCCUAGUCAUGGUCCCCACAGAACACUCAGGAUGAAGUCUGCCGAGAACAAUUGGCCCCGUGCACACAGCCAUGGGAACUGGGGCUUUCCUGGACAGUGAUGCUGCCAGGCCUGGACCUUUAGACCUGCCUCCCCAGGACUCCUUAGAUCCCUCUCUUUCCACAGACUUCUUCUGUCAUCACGGCCCCCCGCGGGCAGGGGGGUUCUCCCUCCACAAACUCUCAAGUCUCCUCAGCAUAAAACUAUGACUCACGAGAAACACUCAGGCCUGACCUAGGCUUGGGAGUCAAAUUGCUCAUAUUGAGCAUAUUGUGAAGUGGGUAAAACUUAAGUAAAGGUACUGGGUGUUUUUGAGACCA